AUGCCUUCCAGUGCAUCCGACAAGCGUCAAGUAUACGAGCCGACAAACGCCAAGGGAGUUUCUAGAGGAGAUGGUAUAAACGAGCAGGGUUCGUGGGCCCAGCCUGAUGUCCCAAUCUGGCAUCAUUUAUAUAUGUAUAUAUGGCCCAUGUAUAGCAUGUACCACAUCUCAUGUACGACGGCGGAGUGCAAUUUUGAUCUGCAAGGCUCAUGCAUGGGUGGACCGUAUACUUCUGCAUAUAAGCUUUGCCUUGUUUGCAAAUACUACGUCGGCAGCCAUAUUUAUGCAUAUAAGAGAUGA